AUGUUCACAGGUCUGAUUGAACAUCUUGGUUUCGUCUCCUCCAUCGAACAUGACAGCGGCGGAUGCACUUUGACGAUCGCUGACUCGGCACCAAUUCUGUCCGACUGUCACAUUGGAGACUCCAUCGCGGUCAAUGGGGCGUGCUUGACUGUCACGGAGUUCGACAAACAGGAGAAUGGCGGGUGGUUCAAAGUAUGGCUUGCGAACGAGACACUUGAUAGGACGGACCUGGGAGAGCGAAAGGUCGGAGACCAAUUAAAUUUGGAGCGGGCUAUGGGUGCCCAUGUUCGUUUUGGAGGACAUUUCGUACAGGCCCAUGUAGAUACUACUGCGACUAUCGUUGGUCAAACGCCCGACGGCGACUCGCUGCGCCUCCUCUUCCAGCUUCCGGAACCUACGCCAGAACGCCCAUCCCUGCUCCCGUACCUCAUACCAAAAGGCUAUGUUGCCAUAGACGGCACCUCUCUGACGAUUACAGGGGUCGACGACUCCCGGCGGACGUUCGGCGUCAUGCUCAUCACGCACACGCAAGAGAAGAUCACGCUGAGCAAGAAGUCGAUAGGAGCAAAGGUAAACAUAGAGGUCGACAUGGUAGGCAAAUUUGUCGAGAAGAGCGUGCAUGCUGCUUUAAGCGGUGGAGGGGGAGACACCAUGAAGACGUACGUAGAGAGAAUUGUAGAAGACGUGUUGGCCAAGAAGGGAAUUCUGUAA